AUGAACCUGCCGGAACUAUACGGCAACGAGAUCGGGUUUCAGCCUUGCAAUUCACAAUCAAGCGACUUUCGGGGUGAGGACAUCAGCAUACUGCCAGUCGAAGAACACAUCGAUGCUUUGGAAAACAUCUUCACCCCAUCGACAUUCACAAACAUCGGCAAUCAUGACAUAUCCAUCCAAGGCAACACUUGGGCGAGCGAAAUACCGGCAGGACUAGAUCCGCCUCCCGUGGGCCCCAUUGAAUCGCCGCCGAUCCCAACGCAUUACAUCUCCAUCCCCUUCACCGCCUCCCCCGAUGGGACCAAGGCCAUAGCAUCCACACCCUGGCAAUAUAAUGUUGGCUCCCUGGAUGUAUCAGUCUCUGAAGCGACAACGGGCGGGAGCCAGCCUUUCCGUCACGCACAUCGCACGGGCUCGCACUACCCCAGCCGGCCCCGCAAAAAGAAGAAGUCCGAUCACCCACAACUCGGACCGUGUCAGGAGCCAAGCAUCAACGGCAACGCUUCCGCACUGACCAUUAAUCUCACCUCUUCUCCCGACUCUGCGACGAAACCCAUGCUAGCUCUCCCUGAUGCCAGCUUUGACUCGGCAGAUACAGAGGCGCAGAUAACCCCGGGGCGACCGCAGAGCUCACGAGCAUCAGUUUCAGCCGGCGAGAAGCGCCGGGCGAGACGGCCACCCACUCCGGCGGCAUCGCUAUCCGACCAGCGCGCUCGAAACCGGAUUGCCGCCACCAGGUGCCGCAUGAAAACAAAGGCCGCGGUUGCGGAGCUCGAAGCCACGGAGAGGAAGAUAUCACUGAAGCACGAAGAGCUUCUGAGGGCCGCCAGGAGCCUGCAGGCCGAUGUGUUCGCGCUCAAGAGCGAGAUCCUGUUGCAUGGCGGUUGCGGCGACGGGCUCAUACAGAAGUACCUGAAUAAGUCGGCCGAGUCUUUAGCGAGUGGGUGA